AGCAGCCGUACAGCACUGAGCAGGACGCGGAUCACCGACACAUAAACAUGGCGCUGAAUCGCAACCACUCGCAGAACGGAGGCGUGUUGAUCAACAACGGAGAAAGUGUUUUAAGGGAGUGUAAGAACGUGGAGCUGUCCUUCACUGAUGUCUCAGGAAAGACAGACCUGCUCAAGGGGACGAAGAAGGGCGCAGUCUUCCUCACCCCGUACAGGUUGCUGUUUGUAUCCAGUAACACCAAGGAUUGCCUGGGGUCGGCCAUGUUCCCCUAUUACAUGAUGAAGGGCUGCAGUAUUGAGCAGCCAGUGUUCGCAGCCAACUACAUUAAAGGGACAGUUACAGCUGAACCGGGUGGUGGCUGGGAGGGACCGGCUCAUUUCAAGAUGUCAUUCACCAGCGGAGGAGCCAUCGAACUGGGACAGCAUCUGUUCAAACUGGCCACAAAUGCUUCUCGCGCUGGUCCUGCCCAGAAUGGUGCUGCCUCUUACGGCUACCCGUCACCAGGGGUGAUGAACGGCUACGGCCCGGCCCCCCCUGCUCCUCAUGGCUACCCGUACCCACCCCCUCCCCAGCAGAAUGGAUUCUACCAGGCGCCUCCCGCUGCUCCUGCCAACAUGGGCUAUCCAACAGCUGCUGCAGGAAUGUACCCGUCUGGAUUUGACUACAUGGCCCCACCUCCCCCCUACCCUGGGCCGCCCCAAAACUGGACUGCACCCCCUCAGAAUUGGACAGCAGCACCACAAGCAGCUCCAGGUAACUCCAAGGCGGCUGAGGCAGCAGGCAGCGCGUAUUACAACCCCAGUAAUCCACACAAUGUCUACAUGCCCAUGGAGCGGCCUCCACCCUAUGCACCUUAUCCCGACUCUCCCAAGAAGAAAGACAACUGAGGCUCCGGCAGCUUCACUUCGAUGACGCUCUUCUCUCAUCCUCUGUAUCUUAUAUCUAUAUCCUUAAGUCAGGAGUGGGGUUGAUGGACACUCACUCGAGUAGAAUGCAGAAAAGAAGAUGCAAGUAAUAGAGUGCUUUAAAGAUGUCAGUGAUAAUUCCCCAGUGAGUGAAUGAAUGAUAUUUUGAAUACUGGAAUAGCUCACACAACAAUCACAUCUUAGAAAUGCUGUUUAUUCCUUAUACUUAAGUUCAAGUGAUUAUCAUGAAAUGAUUGGCAACUUAAAUCUCUGGCUUUGCGGAGCCUCGUUAUUAUUAACAUUUCCAGUGAUGAGAUUAAAUUUUUAUUUCUGUCUUGGACACGUGGGCGAGGGCAGAAAACCUGUCCUGGUUAUUCGCUGAAAGGAGGAGUCAGUGCGGGGAAUGUAUUUUCUAAAGGCAGAUUUAUUACCAAAACAUUUUGUAGCAAUAUCCUGAUUGCAGAGUCUAUAGAUAUUAACCUUAUCAACUUCUAUUAAGUAUUUUUGCAGUAUCGUUGCAAGUACCGUGUGUUCCUUCCUAUACAGAUUUGCAUUGAGUAUUUGUUAUGAAUAUAAGAAACAGAAAAGGGUUGAAUAGUGUUCAGUGAUACAUUAUCUGCCUGAUUAACAUUUCCUUCAUAUAGGACUAAUGUGCUUGUGUUCAGUCGAAGUGAUUCCAGUUAUUUUAAGAUUCAUAUCUCCCAGUCCCCUGCGUAGUAACAGAUGAUCAGAAGGAGAAGUGUCGGCUUUGAAGAAACAGGGGAUCAGAUAGAUUUCUUACAUAACAACUCUUUGUAUGUGCAAUAUUUUAACCACACAUAAUAAGGUCACAGGUGGAUUAAGCUGGGUUUACCUGCUUGACCCCUUCGACAUCUGAUGUAUUCAUGAAUGCAAGGCUGAAACCAGAACCCUGCUGUUGGGAGUCAUUACACAAGUGUGGGGUUACAGGGCUGCGUGGAUUAUAUGAAGGGCCCAGAGUGUUUUAACUGCUAUUGAAACUUGUGAACGUCGACCAUUUAUUCCUAAUUAAACUGGGCCAGGCCUCAACAAGCUGUGUAAUUACAUCCCCAGUUAACACCUGUUUGAAGGACUAUUUGCACACAGCAGUAGAGGUGGAAGGUUCGAUUUGCGUUUUGAGUUUUAGUUUGCUUGAUUUUCUGUAUAUUAAUAUUUCCUUUCAAUUCCUUGUACCCUUUUUGGUGAAUUUUGUCUGUCAGUUAAAAUCUAAUAAAUGUCAUUUAUUAAAUUUCA